GGUUGGGCCUUCCCUCGCGCGGCAUUCUGGGAGUUGCAGUCUUUGGGAUGACUACAGUAAUGGCUUCCCCCUGAACCAGGAAGGACACAGGCUGGGAAAGAAAAAAAAAACCAUUGAAGAUUUGACAAUGAACAACACGCUACAACACUGGAGGGAAGCCGCCACCCUGAUUUUAGCUGCCGGUAUGCAACGUGGAAGCGUCAUUCCCAAAAUGGCGUCUCAGAUAUUACAGAACGACCGUAGAAAAAGUACGUUUGAUUACGAGGUGUUAUUACUGAAGCGCAGCCAGAAGAGUGGCUUCAUGCCCAAUGCCUUUGUGUUCCCCGGCGGGGUGGCCGAUUUCUCCGAUUUCUCCAACGACUGGAUCCAAGUCUUCCAGAGACACGCCAACAAACCAAACUUCGGCCUGGGGGUGGUCAGGCAGCCCCCCGGCACCAGGUCUCCUAUGUUUGUUACGGACAGGAUGAAAUUCGGGUCGGUGAUCCCCGGGGAGGUCGCCUUCAGGAUCUGUGCCAUCCGAGAGACCUUCGAGGAAUCUGGAAUACUUUUGGUGGUUCCCGACAGCGCCGAAGUUGACGCUAACCAAGACCUCGCGGAUGCUUAUGAACAAGAUGGAGAGGCAAUGGCUAAGUGGAGGGAGGAGGUCCAGAACAAUCCGCUGCAGUUUAUUGAGAUGUGCAAGGAAAUGCGUUGUGUUCCGAAUAUCUGGGCGCUGCACGAGUGGGGAAACUGGCUGACGCCUGUGUUUUCCACCAGUACUCGGGCCAGACGCUUCGACACCGCCUUCUACAUUGCCUGUUUGCAGAAGAAGCCGGUCACCACAGAUGAUCAAAAGGAAAUGGCUUCCUUUAACUGGUGGACUCCUCAGGAAGCCAUAGAGGAGUACAGGACUCAGGGAACAUGGAUUCCUCCUCCGCAGUUCUAUGAUCUAAGCAGAUUAAGUCAUUUCACCAGCAUUCAUGAGCUCCACAGGUUCAGUUCCAGUCGUGCCCUGGAAGGAUGUGAAAGGUGGAUGCCGGUUUUAGUGCACGCUGAGGAUGGUAUGGUACAUACACUGCCAGGGGAUGAGCUGUACCCCGAGGAUCCAGACCUCACAGAACCUAAAAAGUAUUCCUCAAAUAAAACCAUCGGGGGUCUUGUCCAGGAAGGGGGCCGUCUUCAUCGAUUACUUCACAUUGAUGGCGCUCCAGUCAUCUUUAUAAACCUGCAGCCAAAAUAUAAACACGUCAAUCCACUUCUAACAGAUCUCAGUCGUGAUCCAGAGCCCAAGAGCAAAAUUUAAAUAGAUUGUUUUAUGUCAUUUGUAAUUAUUUCUUAAUAAAAUAGACUGGACUGGA